AUGACUUUGUCAAGGGACGAGUAUGCCGGCGUUGAAGAGAGUCUGGACAGUACUGAGACCACAGAUAAGCAUGGUGAUGCAAGCGAUGUGGCUGUUGUGGACCGACCGAAAAUUAUCUCAGAAGCAUGCUCAUUGAUACAAAAGGAAAAUGGGGUAGAAGUGCUACUGAGACACAGCAGGACGUCAAAGUCGGGUAUUGCUCCAAUUACUGCAAGGCAUGGUGGCCAUCAACCCCCAGAGCAUGAUGUCAAUGAUGGAGCCAGAACACCACCACGUAAUGUUCAGGGAUACUGUGAGGAGAUUCCUCUUGCAAAAGAAAUUAAGACAUCAACUGAACUGACGAUAGCUGAGAUGAGAACGACACGUUUCCAAGAAGAUUGGAUUCACGAUCUGCUCUACUACAGACUGAUACUCCUACGUGCAGGACUCAACCCAAAUGUCGACGAAAACACAUACACCUCGUUUUGGGUCUCACCUGAUUUUUUCGCUCUUCAGACCAGCGUACAAGGUCUCAUCAGCUCUGGUUUCGUCAAUGAAUCCCAUUUUGGGCCUUCUGCUUGGCGCCGUUCCCUCGCAAGAGGCACACAGUCGUCGAAAGGUACGAAUGUGGAUGCGUACUUCAUCGGAAGGGAUGAUUAUGUGGACGUAAUUUUCGAGAACAUCAGUCCCCCUUCCUGUACCAACCAUUCAAAACACCAUGAUGACAAAGAAAAAACAUGGCGCAAUGCCGUGGAUGCCUUACUAGAAAGAUACUACAAUUCGUCCGGUUCCUUCGAAAUUGCCAAGGGCUACAAGAUCGUAUGCGUCAUUGUGUUUGGUUAUGAUAUCUCGAUCUACACCGUCAGCAUAUUGGACAGGAACGAGUAUCUAGUGCAGAAGGUAUUCCAGGACAAGUGUCAUGUCCGUCGAGAUGUAUAUCUUUCCAAGUUACUUGUGCAUUUGAAGAUUUGUCUUGCAAUUAAGACUAUUAUGGAGGACAACUGGGAUGUCUGUGUCGAGUUUGACAAUUCCAUCGAGUCUACUGUGAAGGAAGAACAAGGACAUUUUAACAUGAAAAUUCAUACCACUUCUAUGAAGGCUCAAAUCUCGCCUACGAAGAACAGAAGAUUACCAAUAUAAGUCGAGGCUCUGCAUCAAUACCGCAAGGUCUUCAGCAUGAAGAAGGAACUAGAGUCUUGUAUCAGUAGUUAUAUCAACUUGUCAUCAAAUAAACUGAUUGCUC